AUGGAAAGAUAUCUUUCCGUGACCUCCUGGGACCCACUGCAAUACUGCAGCCCUGAAGAGCUGUCCCGUCUCGACGAGAGAUUCGAUUACGCAUUGCGAGACAUCACCUGUCUAGUCUUUUGGACAGGAAUAUCCCCAGACCGGGCUCGGUGCUGGGCACAGCAGCAUGGCCUGCCAACAUUAACUAUUGCGAUGGGUCCCCUAUAUAGCGAUCGUGAGGCAGGUAGUCUGAGGCAUAGCAAGUCACUAAAGGCGUGGUCCAAGUACAUGAAGGCGGCCUCCGGCCGAUUUGCAGAAUAUGCGUGUCGUAGUGGCCGGCAAGCAGUUGUACUGACGAACCCCCCACCGGACAUCUACAGCACGAGAGAACGGUCCAACUAUCGCGAUCUAGAAGAGCCGAUCUUGAAAGGUGCUUCAGGAGGACCUGGUACCACCCGGAUCGAGUAUGUCCAUCCUUUGGUCGUGGGUGCGGCAACCUUUCAAUAUCAAAUCUGGCCCCUCGACAACACGAGCGCGUGGUAUACAUUCUUCAAGAACCUCCUGGCAAAGGGCCGUAUAACUCGGGACAGCUUCGACAUAUCCGUUAAGAAUCAGGUCGCCGUCAAGGCGGAUCAGAUACCGGGCGGGGUAGUGCAACUCCGGGAUAGCGCACAGCUUCCAAACGAGACAAAACUCCUUGAGACACAAACACAGGCAGAAACAGUGCAAAACAGGGCCCAGGAAAAGAAAGAGGCCAAGCGAAAGCGGGUCGAGCUGGAGCACCAGAUAGCACGUGACAAGAAAGAAGCCAAGCGAAGACGGCACGCGUUGGAGCUGCAAAUAGCUCAAGAGAAGAAGGAAGCCAAGCGAAAGCGGCACGCAAGAAGGAAGCCAAGCGAAAGCGGCACGCGUUGGAGCUGCAAAUAG